AUGGCGCCUCUAGUACCACCACAGCAACAGCCACCAGUAGGUGGACAGGAUGUUGGUUCAAAACCACGUCCUAAUCCUUCAACGGCGCCCGCCAUAUCAUAUACACCAACAGAUACUACUAUUCCACCGAUAUUAUACGAAAAGAUACCAAACUUAGAAUUGUAUAAAAAUCUCAAGGAAGCGGAGCGUAAGAUUGAUUUGUUAACUACAAGAAAGGCGAUGGAUUUUCAGGCGAUUAAUGCCAAAAUUAACCAGCACUCAACUUUGAAAAAGGAAACCGGAAUUUUGAGAGUAUUUAUUUAUAACACAUGCGAGAACCAGCCAUGGCAGAAGCAGUUGUUGCAGAACGAAGGAAAGGAAUUACCGGAUCCAACUUCUGCGGAAUCGGCUUGGACGUUGAGGGUUGAAGGUAGGUUUUUAAACGAUACUAAUAAUACUGAUAAUGAUGUAAGCCAGAACUUGAAAUUCAGUUCAUUCUUGUCGGGGAUUUCCAUUGAUAUUUUGCCCAAUGACGACUAUCCAGAUAUGCAAAACUCUCCUUCCAAUAUAAUCGAAUGGAGAGAUGAAUCUAUUGAUCACCAACCAGACGCCAAAUUUGGUGGUAAUAAUAGACAAUCUGAAUUCGACGGUUUGGACGUCAAAAGAUUUGGAAUAUUCAACAUUAAAUCUAAAAUUGCCAUAAUGAUAAAGGACCAAUCCACAAGUUUGAAAUUAAGUGACGAGAUGUCUCGUUUUGUCGGCAAACAGGAAGCAACACAACAAGAGUUAAUAUAUGCAAUCUGGCAAUACGUAUUAUAUAAAGACUUAUUCAGAAAGUCAGAUGCAUUUGCAAAGGUCCCUGCUGUUUCGAAUUCUUCUACAAUUUUAAACGGAAACGGGGUUGCUAGCAAUUUUGAAGACGAGGAAGAUGAUGAUUUUAAUAACAUUGAAUGUGAUGUGAUUUUGAGCGAAUUACUAAAGGUUCCUAAUUUCAAGUUUUCUGAUCUUUAUAGAUUAUUACAACCACAUUUCAAACCUAGGGAACCAGUCAUCAUUGAUUAUGAAAUAAACACAAGAAAAUCGACUACUUUGGGCGACUUAAUAGUAGAUAUUCCUGUGUCAUUGCCAUCGUCGGUAUCUAAAACUCAAAAAGAGAUUAUUGAAUCUACGAAAGCAACUUACGAAAAUUUAACCAAGUCAGAUGCAAGUAUUCAGCACUUGAACACUAGAAUUUCGAUGGGUAUAGUAGCUUUACAAAACGCAAAUGCCAGAGAGACAUUCUAUAGAGAGUUAAGUGAGAAUCCUGUUAAGUUUAUGGAAAACUGGCUUGAAAGUCAACUGGAGACAUUCAAGGCCUUAAAGAGUGACGAGGGAUACGAAGAAGAAGUCAUUAGAAGAGCUGAAUAUUUCGAAGAUAACGAGGAUAUGUUGAAAGAAAAGAUAGAUGUUUUAUUAGGUUCUGGAAGGUUCUAA